GAAUUGACUGCACAGUGUGUUCUACUUUGACUUAGGAUUAGGCAUAUUAAGCACAUCACAUACAACUUGUGUAUGACAAACUGUUUGAUUUCCUUUGGCUUGCGAAUAGCCAAAAUUUGAUAUAUUUUUUCUCGAUUUCGGUAUAUCGAAGACAGCCUCGCAGUAUGGUUCAACCGAGCAACCAUAACAUUUUACUAUUGGGAGAAACUGGAUCCGGAAAGUCUACUCUCAUCAAUUAUAUAGCUAAUUAUUUUCUUGAUGGAUCUCUCGAUGAUCUCAAAAUUGCGAUCCCAAUGAAACAUCACAAACAAAAUAUACCAGGUUUCCCUAUACACUCUGAACAGGACAUCCACGAUAAAACAAAAAGUAAAACCGAGAAGUGUACUCUGUAUAAUUUUACUUACAAUGGGAAACAAUACGGUUUUAUCGAUGUUCCGGGGCUAAGCGACACAAACGGAGCGCACAAAGACAUCGAGCAUAUUGAAAAUAUCAUGACCACUGCUGAGAGCAUCGGAUCCAUCGCAGCCAUUGUCCUUGUCAUUAAUGGCACAGUAGCACGAGUUACAUCGAAUCUGAAAAAUGCAAUAGAUCGAAUGAAAAGUGCUGUGCCGGACGUUCUACUGUCAAACCUUGUGGUUGUGUUCACCAACUGUUCCGUAGAUACUGUCAACUUUGAACUGUCCGUAUUAAAACCGUGGACGAUUCCAGAAGAAAACAUAUUCUACAUGGACAACAAUGCUCUAAGAGUUCCUAAAAAGGACUGGUAUAAUAACCAGGAAAAGAAGGAAAGACUAAUAUCUCAAUGGAAAACAUCUAUGGAAGUAAUUGAGCAAAUGAUAGUACAAAUUGAUCAGUUCGGAAACGUGGCUUCCAAUGCGUUUGGUGAAAUGCGCAAACUGGGACAUUUAUUAACACAACAGCUCAAUGAAUGCCAAAUGCUUAUUGAACAACUCCACACUACGCAAAAACAUUAUCAUGAUUCCCUGAAGGCCCUCGAUCAAGCAACUGUCGGUAUCAAUGCAAACUCCAAUUAUUCCAAAAAGGUGACGAAGGAAGAAAUUGUGUUGAUACACACUCCAUAUUGGAAUGUAGUUUGCAGAAGUUGCAAUCGGGGUGGCGAGUGUUGUCACGAUUGUAAGGCGAUUGCCGUAAAAUUUUGUGGCAAGUUUCAUUAUACUGAAUGUACGAUAUGCAAAUGCAGCUUGGACUUUCACUACUUCGAAAAGUACAAACCAAGGAAAAAGUGUGAAGUGCUGGUCGAAAUUAAUGAUUGCAUGAAGCGACUGUAUGACAAACAUGUACAAGCAAAGGCUAGAAUUGAAGACGAACUGCCCAAACUCAGAGCUAAAAUUGAGUCCCUAAAGCAAAGCUUUGACACACAAGUCCAAAAAAUCCAAAACUCUUGUCGGAGUCUCAGGAAAUUACGAUCCCAAAGCAAUUUUACUGAGGAGCAAGCGAACGUCUUCAUGACCAUUCUGAAUGAGAUGCGCAGUAUAGCAACUACCGCCGGCACAGCUGAUGCUAAAGCUCGAUUGAAUUAUGUCGACAGCCUUACCGAAUUCAUUCAACAGUCAUGAAUGGCAGAUGUAUUUUCAAAUUUAGGACCAACAAUUGAAAAGGCCACAUCAACAUUGCGUCAACAAACACCUUUCUGUCGACUUAGAGCCUUCUGGGAUCCACCCACGCAUCUCAACACCAUAAACCGAAAGCUUGAUGUUUGCGCUUUCUGUUAGUGGUGUUGAGGUGUGUGGGUGGAGUUCAAAAGGCCUCAUGUCGACAGAAACAUGUUUCAAGACCUCAUCAGCAUUGCGUAAACAAACACGUUUCUGUCGACAUGAGGCCUAUUGAACUCCACCCACACACCUCAACACCACUAACAGAAAGCGCAAACAUCAAGCUUUCGGUUUAUGGUGGUGAUGCGUGGGUGGAUGUCAGACGACUCUAAGUCGACAGAAACGUGUUUGUUUACGCAAUGUUGAUGAGGCCUUUUCAAAUGUUGGUCUUGAUUUGUUUACAAAAUGUUGAUGCGACCUUUUCAAUUGUUGGUCUUGAAUUGUAAAUUUAAUCUUUUCAAAAUACAAAUAUAACGACCUCUUCAUUACCAGUAAUCGUUAGAUAAAGGCUUUAUUUUUUAAGCAAAUUUUAUAAAUUCUUCAACAAAUAAUUCAAUAUCUGAAAACUAUACUAAUGACACAUUCUACCGUGACAAGGAAUCCGAAUAUGUAAAAAUAUUUGAGGCUUUGAGGGUUUACGGUCAAAUUUACGAUUUAUAGUGGAAAAUCUGACAGUAAAGGUUUUGACGUUAAUACGUCACGGUAGAAUGUGUCUAAUGCAUGUGCUUUAUACAGUCAACUCUUCACUUAUCGAUAUUAUAUAACUUGAAGUUUUUCUUUGUUUUUCGAUCAAUGUUAAUCAUGGCUUGACUAUGUAGGUAGAAAUCACCGAAUAAAUUACUUAAACUUUUCACUAGAAAAUAUAA